AUCAAAAAAUCGGACACAGUGACAUAAACAAACAGUCGGUAUGAAUUAAAUUUGCAGUUCAAUUUGAUGACGACUCUGGGGAGCAUGAGUUCCGUGGCUGCUGAAAAUGUCAUUUACGCUGACGAAUCAGAGCUUAAUCCGUUUGGAGAGCUCCAAGGACGAGGAUGAAUGGAAUCGGACAUUAAUGUUCUUCAAUGUCGAUAUUUCGGGCGGAGUGUGCCGUGACCACCAAAACAAGAUUACGCAGCCAAGGUCCUCCGUUUGCAAUGGAAAGCGACGAGCUCCCGGUGGCGGAUUGGCCAAUCCAAUUACGGAGAGUGUGAUGUCAUUUGGAGCAGCCAAUAAAUUCUAUGCUCGCGGACAUUCAAAUUUUGAUCAUGGGAAUUAUACGCCACGAACUUCUGGCCGGCGAAGAGAUAACUUUGCCUAUUCCGACAGACGUCGUCACUUUCAUUAUAGACCAAUUAAAUCAGGACGAAGUCGUGCCGCAAUGGGCUUAGUUUCCCCAUCUCCAUCGUCCGAUUCUACGGGUUACUAUGAGAGCAAAAGGAUUCACUAUGCAGACUUUGAGACUGGGAAAACCUUUGAUAGCUAUUACCCAGAUGAACCUUAUGAAUUAGAGGAAGAUGAACCCCAUAGAGUCGUCUCAACCUCUGAUUAUACAAAACAACAGGAAGAUCCAAGAGCUAACAAAGAAUAUGAGGAUGGCAGAUAUGAAUACUACCCCCAUGGUCCAAGGUCAACAAAUAGACAUCACAGAGAACCUAAAAGGUACUACAGAUAUCCCUUUACUGAACAUCCAACUCAAGAUGAUUAUCAUCGAGACUUCAGAGGAACUGUUCCUCGUCAGUUACGAUCUAGUUCUUAUAGGAUGAAACAGAAUUGUAGGCAGGCAUCGGGAUCUUUACCACCCAACUAUGCCUCAAAUUGUUACCCACAUGACUCAACGGAAUAUGGGAGUGACAAUGACUAUGAUGAAUCCCCUGAAAAUUACAAAAAUUACAGAGAUUAUUUUGAGGAACCGACCACUGAUGCCUAUAAAAAUCCUUAUGAAGAAUUCCAUGACUACGAAUAUCCAGAUUAUAAAAAAACCAGUAAAGCACCGCCGAUACCAUUUCCGAAACCUCAACCUAAGUACUACAAAAGUUACUCUAAAACACCGUCCCCGAACUAUCCAACUAAAAUUUAUAAGCCUGAAAGGGAAUCUAAAGUAAAUGAGGUUGAGGUAUCCCCCUAUGAAGAAGCCCAAACUCGUCAUGUUAAAUCCAAUAGAAUUAAACAAAAUAAUCAUCCAGAGGAAAUUCCACGUAGGAAAGGUUUCAACUAUGUUAAAGAGCGGAGAGAAGACCCAAUAGAAUACGACAAAAUUUCAAAAGAUAUUUCACGUCCUGCUCAACACGAAAAGUAUCCAAGUAAAGUCCAAGACGACAGAUUUACUAUGCAAGGGAAUUCUCAUAGAGAACGUUCUAUUUCUAGUACCCAUAGAAAAAUCUUUAAAGAAGAACUUCCUCACAAAUAUCGCCCGAAAAAAGUUAUUAAUGAAACACGUGAGCCGCAUAGAAACUUAAGAACUAAAUCUGUUGGACAGUACGAUAGGCCAAAUGGGGAAUAUGAUAGUUAUAAAACUCGUAGUCAUCAUAAAUCUUCGCCAGAUAGAAAAAAGUCGGUUGACUUUGUUCGCUUAACAGACUUAAACGAUGGUUCAGAAAUUCCGCAUAAAAUUCGUGAGAACGGUCAAUCGCCAUCAUCUAUAUUUUUCACUAUCGAGAUACCGUAUAAAAAGAAGCAUCGAAGGUUUACAUAUCCCCAAAAAGAGGAAUAUAUAUCUAAAAGAUCACAUUCGGGAUGUGAUAAUUUUGCCCCGAAGUCGUUUAGGCCGCAAACAUCGCUCUAUGAUGUUGGGAAAGGUCGGAAGCGGAAAACAAUGAAGCAGAAAAUAUCUGGAUUUUUUAAGAGGUCAAAACUAUGCUUGUCCAAGUCGAACAUUUUCAGAAGCAAAUCUAAACUGAUUAAGAAUUGUAAGCCAGCACAGCGAAACCUAAACUGCGCUCAAAUAAGUCAUCCUAGCCCCGAUUACUCCGUAAACGCUCCUAUAGCAAGUAAUUACUCUUUGCAGUCGGAAAAUGUGGAAGUUCCUUCUCAGGAAAGUGAACACCAAAAAUAUGGAAUAAAAAGGGGGAAGGAAUGCCACUAUCCCACUGUUUACAGGGGAACCAACAAACAGCUGCCGGAAAAUAAUAACGAGAUCUUUCACCAGUACUCCAUGUUCAAUGUUCUGAGCUCCACCAACCAAAGGUCGAAGGUAAAUAACGAUGACUAUGACCACUACGAUCCGGGGUUAAGUAAACGAACCAGUCGAUAUUUCAGACCUACUGCUGAUUCGCCUAAGAAGAGUUCCUACAAGGAAUUCGAUCGCGUGUCCAGUGGAAAUUGCAGUCUCUACAAAGAGGGAAUAAGUGGAGAUCCCAUCGGAAAAAGUGAAAUUAACGUCUGCCUAACGAUUCGGGCCACUGAUGUGAGUUUGACGGGCAGUCCGAGGAUAGUGUCAUCAAAAAUCGUUGAGGAUCGUGGCUUAUCCUGCAAAAGCAAUAGUGGUGAAGCCAAAGUAAGCCGCUCCAGACCAGCAAUUCGUUUAGAACCGAGACAAAGUAGUGGAAGCACAAUUUGUGAAAGUGCUAGUGGGGAAAACCAAUUCAAGAAUGUCAGGUUUUCCUCCUCGCACUUUACCCACAAUAGUUGUUCCUCCACUCAAAGCAGCUCCGAAAGCAAUUCUUCGAGAAUUCAAACAUCCAUACAUUCGGAAGAGCAUAUCUUGAAAAAGAAGAGCAUUGAGGCUAGUUCCAAGCCACCCGAAAUGCCUGCAAGAAUUGGUAGCUCUUCGGAACACCUUCCUCCACGUCAUCGCCAUGUCACCAAAUGGAGCUUAACCAGUCAGUCCAAGUCCUAUAAUUCUAGGCCAGAACCAAACCCUUCCCGACCAGGCUUGCGCCAACCAUACACCAUUGAAAUGUGUUCUAGACCACCGACUUUGUUUCAAAGCGAUAUAACAAAAAGGUCGAGCCUAAAAAGGGUGGAUAACAACCUCGAGAAAUCAGUGCCCAAAAAGGUAGUCUUGAAAACAAAUAGCUCGGAAAGUAUGAUUAGUGGGUCAAUGUGCAGUUCUGGUAGCAGUGCGAAAUCACUUUGCACAUGGGAAAAUCAGGACACGAAGAACGAUGACAGAAGUGAGUGCCACAGAUCCCAGAGCCACAAUUUUCAAUUUGGCGAAGCUAGGAAAAUUGAGGUAAUCCCAAGAAAAACAAGUAGUUGGCCGCGCCAAAAUCUACGAAGCUUUCCAAGACCACCGAUCUGGAAUACAGAUACUAAACCUCUUGGCAAAGCGACCUUGUCACCCAAAACAUCAACUCAAAGCUUAGAGUCCUCCAUAAGUAGAUGCUCCAGUGGUGGCCUGUCAGGAAAUAAUGAAGAAGGCACCAGCCACAAGCCAAAUGAUAUGCAACUGGUUUGCUAUCCCGAUGACGAUCCCAAUUUAACGAAUUCUUGCCAGUCCCAGGGUGAAUAUGGAAGCAGAUUCACAGCUAUGCGAGGUCUAGAUAUUACAGAAUCAGCGAAUCGAGGGGAUCUUUGUUGUCCAAAGCUAGUUUCUGAUUUGGAGAGAGAAUCCUUCUGCCCGAAAAGCAUUGUGGAGGAGCUGAAACGAGAGCUAUUGCAGACCUUCCGAGCCGAACAGCAAAUCAGGAGUCAGUCGCCUUUUCUUCGACCCACUCCGCAAAUUAUGAUAUUCCCCUGUGUUCCCAGUGUCAUGUGCCAGCCCAGAGCGAACAUGAAUCCGAGUCCCAAUCUAUUCCCUAGGCCGGAGUCUGAAAUGUGCUGGAUACCUAGCUCCAAGCCACAAAACCCCGCUCAGUUCAACUAAUUUACAUCCAUCACACCCGGAAAACCUGCAGUACCCCAUAGCUGCAAAAGCGGUGAUUAAGAUUUAAUAAAAUAUACUUUUUCUAUAGA